UAUUCAAGAAAGAUUUCAGAUAGUGAUUUUUUUUUUUUUUAAUAUUUCCCAUAUCUCAGAUCUUGCGAGUUACACAACUUAUUGAUUCAGCUAUAUUUUAUGCAAAGAAAUGGUUGGCAAGUUAGAGAAUAAGGUUCUUAUUAGGGAAUACAAUGAAGACACAGAUAUUAAAGUGGUGGGGAGGCUUGAGAAGAAUUGUGAGAUAGGGUCUAAUAAGGAGAUCUCCAUUUUCACCAGCAUGAUGGUUGACCCCUUAUGUAGGAUUAGGUUCUAUCCUGUUCAUGUUAUGCUGGUUGCGGAGCUGCGUGAAAAUGGGGAACUUGUGGGUGUGGUUAGAGGAUGCAUCAAGUGUGUGGGCACUAGAUUUGGAGCAACUUUUGUGAGGUUGGGCUGCAUCCUUGGCCUUCGAGUCUCUCCAAAGCAUCGACGGAUGGGGAUUGGAUUAAAACUUGUGAAGUCAGUUGAAGAAUGGCUUGUGGGAAAUGGAGCACACUAUACUUUCCUAGCCACUGAAAAGAACAAUGUGGCCUCUACCAAUCUCUUCACUUCCAAGUGUAAUUACAUGAACUUUAGUUCAUUGGUGAUAUUUGUUCAACCAGCUCUCCCUGUGAAAGGCUUGUCUCAAGAUAUUAAGAUAGAAAAGCUGCAAAUAAACCAAGCAAUUUCUUUGUACAAUGACAGGCUAAGAGGCAAAGAUAUAUAUCCAACAGACAUUGAUGCUAUGUUGAAGGAAAAGCCGAGUCUUGGUACUUGGGUUUCUUAUUUUAAAGAAGAGGAAUGGAUUAUUUUGCACAGCAAUAAUGAAAAGAAUAAUGAAGACAUCAUUACUAAAACUCCUAGUUCUUGGGCCAUCUUUAGCAUAUGGAAUUCUUGUGAGGCAUACAAGCUUCAUAUUCGAAAGUCUCAUCAUCCACUUAAGUUUUUUCAUGCAACUUUAAGCCAUGCAAGAGAUAAGAUUUUCGCUUGCCUUAAAUUGCCAAUAUGCGACUCACUGCAGAAACCAUUUGGUUUCCUAUUUCUCUACGGACUUUAUGGAGAGGGAGCAAGGCUACAAGAGCUGAUGAAAUCUAUAUGGAGCUUUGCGUCUAGAUUGGCUGAAAAUGUGAAGGAGUGCAAGGUGAUUAUUACUGAGCUAGGGGUCUCCGAUCCACUCAUGGAGUAUGUGUCUCAUGAGUCUUCUAUGUCAUUCACUGAUGAUCUUUGGUACUUGAAGAAAGUGAAUGGCCUCACUGCUGGUGGGGAUGAACAGGUGGUCAAGGAACAAGUGGGAAAUGUAUUUGUUGAUCCAAGAGACUUUUAGGUUUUUGCUAGCUCAUUUGUCAAUAAGAGCGCUUAUGCUCCCUAGCUAAAACUUCUUUAAAGCAUUUCGUUGGAUAUAGUGGAAUUAAUGCAACUAUCCAUAUCUAUAGCUUGCAUGCCUACCAGCUGAAAUCUUUAAUUAAUUAGAAACUUCACUUCUAUUUAACCAUAAGGGGAAAUUAUUGUAUGAAAUAGGAGCAUUUAAAAAUGGCGCUCAAAAAAACUUAAUUUCUCCUUGAUUUUAGAAAGGUGAACCCUUGUAUUCAGUUAGAAAGUGCAUGUGAGACACAGUGUAAAUAUAAGUCACAUUUUAUAUGUUGUUGAU